UACAGUACUCUCUCUCACACGAUCACGUUCACCGGUAAAAACAUCAGAACUCCGGUAAGAAAAACAACAAACCCUAAUGGAAGAUUCUAGAGCUUUUCCUUUAGACCCUCGAGCUCAAGAGUUUGUGCCACUAAACCCUAUCUCCUCCCGUUUUUACUUUCCCUACACUUCUCCGCCGCCGCCACCUUUUCCCACGCCUCCUCCGUCGUCGUACGGAUUAUCUCCGACGGUACCAAGAGUUUUCACGUUCUUUAAUCUCCCACCACAUCCGAUGAUGUUUUCUCCUCCUCCUCCUCCACUACCACCACCACCGCGUCCGUAUUUUAACGGUGUCUCAGCCGUUCAACGGCUUCCUUUCCAGUCGAAGUCGCCGACGCGAUCUCUUUCUCUGAUCUCCGUACCGCGUGACGCCACCGAGUCUACGGUGAGACGCGACUUAGAGGUAUUCGGCGACGUGCGUGGCGUGCAAAUGGAGAGAAUCUCUGAAGGAAUCGUGACCGUCCAUUUCUACGAUCUCCGUGACGCUAAAAGAGCUGUUCGAGAGAUUUGUGGUAGACACAUGCAGCACCAAGCCAAGGUUGGUGGCAGUGGUAGCGUUUGGAGCUUGCCAUCUUCUUCUUCACCGGUGCGUGGGUUUGUUUCCGGUAGACCUGUGUGGGCUCAGUUUGUAGUUCAGGCUACAAGUGCGGUUCCUAACGGUUGCAACCAAGGAACGUUGGUGGUCUUUAACUUAAACCCUGAAGUCUCGUCCAUUGCUCUCAGACAGAUUUUCCAAGUUUACGGUCCCAUCAAAGAGUUGAGAGAGACACCGUACAAGAAACAUCAAAGAUUCGUUGAGUUUUACGAUGUAAGGGAUGCAGCGAAAGCGCUUGAUGGAAUUAACGGUGAAGAGAUUUGUGGGAAGGAAGUUGUAAUCGAAUAUAGCCGACCAGGUGGGAUUAAAAACAAGUUCAGGUCACUAAGGCAACCACAUGUACUGUUUCAACCACCACCUAUUCUAGCUCCUCCUAUGAGGCAGCCUCUUACUCUGAUGAAGGAUAAAAACAAGAAUGUGAGCCCUAAUAAUGGAGUUUCUGUUGUUGAAGCUUCUAUGGGUUCGUUGUGUAUCAAAGAUAAUGAGCAUAAUAAGAUCCGAGGAGCGGAGUCCGAAACAAAGAGCAAGAACGUGGCUAAGUGGGGGAAGAAAAGACAUAUGAAGAGCAUGGAACUAAGUCAGUUUCUUAUCAGUGAAGAAACCAUGGAUGAUCCAAGUUGCAGAGAUCCACGUACCACUUUGAUGAUCAAGAACAUACCAAACAAGUACAGCCAAAAGCUGCUGUUGAAUAUGCUGGAUAAUCACUGCGUUCACAUCAACGAAGCGAUCACCGAGGGGAAAGACGAACACGAAGCUCAUCAUCAACCAUUUUCUUCUUAUGAUUUCGUGUAUCUCCCGAUGGAUUUCAACAACAAGUGCAAUGUUGGUUAUGGGUUUGUGAACAUGACGUCUCCGGAGGCAGCUUGGAGGCUUUACAAGGCGUUUCAUCUUCAACGUUGGGAGGUUUUUAAUUCGCAGAAGAUUUGCCAAAUCACAUAUGCGAGAGUUCAGGGCUUGGAGGAUCUAAAGGAACACUUCAAGAGCGCCAAGUUCCCGUGCGAGGCUGAGCUUUACCUUCCGGUAGUUUUUACGCCUCCACGAGACGGCAAGCAGCUAACGGAACCUGUCUCUAUCAACAUCAACGGUUGCACCGGACUCGAUAGUAAACAUCUUGAGCCAAUGGACGGUCAAGAUCUCUCUGUGAGUGGAUCAUGUUGCGGUAGUGACCAUUAUAACAGUCAGGAAGAUGACUUUUCCAGCAGUAGCAUAGACGGUGGCUAG